CCACGGGAUGGCUUCGUGCGGCGGCCGGUUCGAGCAGUUCAUCGAAGAUGGGGAGGAAGACUUCGAGUCGUACGUCGAGCGGAUGGAACACUAUCUUCGAGCAACGAAGGUGAGCGACGACUUGAAAGUCUCGGUCUUCGUAACGGCCAUCGGGAAGCAAGCGUACCGCACGUUGAAGACGCUGUUAACACCAGUGAAGCCAGAACAAAAGGACUAUGCGCAUCUGGUCGCGGUCCUCAGGGAGCAUUACGCUCCGAAGCCGAUGGUAAUCGCCGAGCGAUUCAGAUUCAACCGGAGGGCCCAGCUCGAGAAGGAAACGGUGGCGACAUACACGGUUGAGUUAAAAAGGCUCGCGGCCACCUGCGAGUUCGGGCAGUUCCUGGAUGAAGCACUCCGGGACCGUUUUGUCGCGGGGCUAAAGGACCAGGCAGCCCAAGCAGAGCUUCUAAAAAAGAAAACUCUAACUUUUUCGGCGGCAUGCGACAUUGCCAGAAGCAUUGAGCUCGCACGAGCAGAGACCAAGAUAUUUCAGCCAGCAGCCUCUGAACAACUAGAGGUGAACGCCGUCCAACGUCUAGGCCCAGACAGGAACGUCGGAGCGGCUACCAGGAAGGCGACGAUGGAAGUCAACACUGAGAGGCCCGAGGCGUCAGGCUGUUUCCGCUGCGGAGCACCCCAUCACGAGUCAAGUUGCCCGUUUCGGAAGUACAAGUGCCGAGCGUGUAGACGAGUGGGACACUUGGCAAGGGCCUGCAAAGCAACGUCCCGUUUGGUGCAAGCCGUGGACGACAGUAGUGUUACAGGAACACACCCACCGGGACAACCGAUGAAACUCCGGCCCAGCUGUUCCUGUCCUGGAGGCCCAGAACAAGACUGAGUCUGCUGCACCCCGACAUAGAGCAACGAAUGAAAAAGAGACUCGAGCGAACCAAAGAAUACGCAGACCAGCACCGGGGGUCCUGGAGAGAGUUCUCUGAGGGUGACCAAGUUAUGAUAAAAG